GGAAUGAAAUUCGUAUAAAGACGUAUAAGCGUUCGAGUGUUUGCUCUGGCUCAUUAUUAAACAUUUCAACAGACUAAAAUAUAUUAAGGAACAAAUUUCGUGUUUCAUACUCAGUAUAUGGCGCAGACAAUUCUUCAGCGUGAAUCUGCAGAAUGCUCAAAUAAACAAGUAAACUUCCUUAGAGAAAAACUCGCAAGUGUGCAAAUUCUGGAAAAUUACUGCACAGGAUACAUUGAUGGAACGGUGGAGCAAAUGGAAGAACUUCUUGAACAGUUUCAGGUAAUUGAUUCUAUCUCGUUUGUGAAAGCUGACAACCACUCAAAAACAAGGGGCAAUAAACGUUUUUCACUUACAGCACCGCCAGUGUUUGAAAGCAAGAAGGAAAUAUUCCAAUUGAGUUUUUGGAAAUCCGUUUUGAUUGUGAGCAACGAAACAAGACAUUGUUUACAUGGGAGCGCGAAAGACAGCAGAGGCACUCGCAGACACGACGUAAAAAGUGACCAUGAUUAUGAAGAAAAGGGACGGAUUCGAUUACAGAACAGUAAAAAACUGGAUUGUCCAGCACAAGUGCAAAUAAGACAAGUCAGAGUAUUUCUCGACUACUACAUCGAUCGAGAACAAUUUACAUCAGAAAACAGCUUGGUUAUGGCAAAACGGAGAGUAUUUAGAGCGAUUAAGGGAAAAAUGGAUAACGAUUCCUCCUCACAACUUCGCGCCAGCAGUCAAUUUUACCUAAAAAUACCUCUUAGUAGUGCUCAUUCAAGUCACGCCAUUGGUGCCACGGCAACAGUUGGGCAGCGAAUGGAUUACCGACUGGUCACGAAAGUUUAUAGUUUGGUAAAACGCAAUGUAAUUAAAAUCUCAGAAGUCAAAAGGUGUCUUGAUCAAUACGUUGAAGAGACUUUAUUUCCACAAGACGGACAAAAGGCUACACCGCGCAAGACAAAUAAACGGUACUGUCCAAAUAAAAAGGAUAUUCGAAACCACGUAGCAAAAGCAAUAGAGUCCCUUAAGGACUGCAAAGACGAUCAAGAGUCCCUGCGCAGGAAGGUAGAAACCUGGAAACAGAAUUCUCCAAGCAGCAAGUUUUUCUACCGCACAAGAGAUAACGCUUCCAGAAACGAUAUUCCUCCAAAGAAGGAUAAAAAGUUUUUGUUUGUGCAUCACGAGCAUUGGCAACAACGAAUGUUGAUUCGUUAUGGCGAACAAUUGUGUCUCAUGGACACCACAUACAAAACAACAAAGUACGCAUUACCGCUUUUCUUUGUGUGCGUUCAUUCAAACGUUGGCUACAAAGUUGUGGCUGAAUUUAUGUGCCAGACGGAGACCGAAGAAGCCAUAGAAGAGGCUCUGGCUAUUAUAAAAGGAUGGAAUCCAGUAUGGAACCCAAAAUAUUUUAUGGUGGAUUACUCAUUAGCAGAAAUAGGCGCGAUAGAAAAAAGUUUUCCCGAUGUACAGGUUUAUGUUUGCGAUCUUGAACAAAACUUUCCCACAGAAAAUGGUUUGCCUCUUCGAUUGAGUCCUGUGAAAAAAAAAUUAAAGGUUACCGAUACAAAAUACCAUCAAAUUUUUCAUAAGGCCCUACCUCCCAGACGACGCAAGACAAAAAAAUCUACACCAUUUACAAUAGAUCUUACUAAUGUGGGCGAUGAAAUGGCACAAGUGGCCACUAAUGUGCAAAACCAGGAGAUUGAAAAAAGAAAUUCAAGCAGUGUUGACGUCUCAGCUGAGCACAAGGCAAAUCCACUGGAUUGCUUACUGAAUGCCUCUCUAAAUGGAAUUAAGUUAGGUGAUCAAAUGCUAGAAUUUGGACCAAACAAAGUGACUCUUCAGGAUUUAUGGACCCUCAUUCCACCAAAUGAGAUGACUAAAUAUGCUGCCACACUAAUUGAAAAUAAAACUGUGGCACCUGGAUGGCUUAGUGAUACAUUUAUCAACGCUUUCUUAUGGAAACUUUCAUGUGAAUAUCCUGGUGUCCUACCAGCAGAAUCAUAUGUAUGUCAGUUGGUGCAACGAGGAUCUAAUACACGUCGACUGUGGGCAGAUCAAAAUUUCAUGGCAAUUUACAAAAUAAUAUUUCCUCUCAAUAUGUCUGGGAGCCAUUGGACACUUUUGGUAAUCGACAAACAAAAAGAGAUGGUAUACUACCUUGAUCCUAUGGAAGGUCAUGUAGAAGAAGUUAUCAGUGAGGCAACAAGAGUUGAACUUUCACAGUUUAUCAAAAGCAUUUGUGCCCUUGUUGAUCUAAAAAGUGGGUGGAACACAUCAACUUGGUCUAUUAUUCAGCCUUCACACUAUGUGCAAGAGGAUGGGUUUAACUGUGGAAUAAUUAUUUGCCUGUUUGCUGAAUAUCUGAGUCAAAAUCUUGACAUAAAUGCAAAGUUUGACAUGAGAAAAGUGAGGCAGCAUGUGACUUCAACGAUUAUGGGUUCUUGCUAUGAUGACAUUUAUGAGAGAAAUAGUUUGGUAUGCAAGAUUUGCAAGAUAGAUGAUGGUGAAGACUGGUUGGGAUGUGAUUCAUGUGGGUAGUACUUUCAUGCAAGUUGUCUGAAUGUUGACUUUGGACAAACUCUGACAGAGUACUUUGCUUGCCCAUAAUCAGACAUGACAAUUGUAUAAUAAUACAAAACAUAAAUUGUAAGAUUUAAAAGUGCCGAAUAAAAAAGACUUACCGAUUAGAA